AGUUUGUUUUCACAAGUCGGCGAAAUCAGUGCGACAAAUCACCCCUUAUAUAUAGCUUAACUAUACUAUAUAAAUCGGUUCUAUAAAAGACAAACAUGUUUACAGUGCGCCGUCUCAGUCAGCGUUUGUAUCCGAAGCAAAUUCGACACUUGAAAAUGUCACAGGUCGGUGAACUUGGAAGUGGGGCAGGGAAGGGAGGUGGUGGUGGUGGAUCCAUCCGCGAGGCUGGAGGUUCUUUUGGCAAAAUGGAGGCUGCCCGCGAGGAGGAGUUCUUCUACAAGCAGCAAAAGGAGCAGCUGAAGAAUCUGAAGACCAAGACGGAACCCAAGGCUCCUGAGGCACCCAAGAAGUGAAUAACAUAAUGAGUUUUAAAAUAUUAUAAUAUUUAUGAUAUAAAUUAUCACAUAAUUAUGUUGUCUGAAAUGUAUUUACUGAAAACGUUACUACAAAUAUACUUUAUGCAUUAAGUGGGUUAAA